AUGCUUUCUUUAAUCCCUGUUGUCUUGAAGCUGGCUGGCCUUCUUUUGGGUCUCCUCACCGUUCAAGCCGAAGCUGCCGUUGGCAAGCGUGGUGUUCCUUUCAACGACCCUCCUACCUGGAUCCAAUGCUGGGGAGGAAGCAAGGUCAGCUGGGCUCACAAUUGGGGAUCGCGAAUGCCUGAUGGGUUCCCUGGUAACCUCGAAUUUAUCCCUAUGCUAUGGGGUUUGGAUGGUGCGCACGUUGACGGUUGGGUGAACAAUGCGAACAAUGCCCUCUCCCGUGGUUCCGGUCACCUUAUAGCCUUCAACGAGCCCGAUGCAUGCGACUGGGGCCAGUCUUGCAUUUCUCCAAAGGAUGCUGCAGACGGCUAUCGCCAGCACAUGGCUCCGUUCCGUGGCCGCGCAUCUCUGGGUUCCCCUGCUAUCACCAACCGUGACCAGAACUUGACCUGGCUUAAGGACUUCAUGCGUUUGUGCUCCGAUUGCCCUAUUGACUUCAUUACUGUUCAUUGGUACGACCACGCCAAUAACUUUGCCUACUUUACCUGGUAUAUGAAUCAAGUACAUAGCAUCUCUGGCGGCAGAUAUAUCUGGAUUACAGAGUUUAACGCGGCAGGCACCACCGACGAGCAGAUCAACUUCCUUAACCAAGCCCUCCCUUGGUUGGAUUCCACUAUUUGGAUCCAAUCUUACGCCUGGUUCUGGACGGAUCCACUUUUCCAAGGUGGUAGCCUGGUUAACUGGGCAGGCAGACCAACUGCUCUGGGUGGUGAAUAUGGCUGGCACUAG